UCUCGUGGUGGUUAAGAAACAUAUAUGGUGCAUUAAGAAAUUCUCAAAUAGAAUUAUAAUCCAAAGCCCGGUCUACAUUUUAUUGAACAGGCCCAUUCUUAUGAUCCACCAAGUUGGAGUGGCUCAGCCAGUAUUGCAUCAGAAACAAGCACUCAACUCAAGCCGCCGGAGUUAGUUGUCGGCGGAGAGCGCAUCACUGUCCAAGCAUCCUAACUCUCUCUCACGUUUUCUCUCUUACGUUCUCAACCUUCAUUUCCGUUCUCUUCUUAGAAUCAACCAUGUUUUUGGCUAAAGCAUUUGGACGGACAUUCUUUGCUGCUGCUGCCAGAUCAAAACAUUGUUCCACUACAGCUGCUGCUGCCGGUGGCAGUGUAGUACAUAACCCUCUUCCGGACUUCUUUGAGGCAGACAGGAGCCUUGAAAAUGAUAAACCAGUUGUCUAUGGUCGGAGUUGGAAGGCUUCUGAAUUGCGUCUGAAAUCUUGGGAUGACCUUCAUAAACUGUGGUAUGUGUUGUUAAAGGAAAAGAACAUGUUGAUGACUCAACGUCAAAUGCUUCAUUCUCAGAACUUGCGUUUUCAUAACCCAGAGCGCUUGCCUAAGGUGAGAAAGUCAAUGUGUCGCAUCAAACAUGUGCUUACUGAGAGAGCAAUUGAAGAACCAGAUCCCAGGAGGUCUGCUGAGAUGAAGAAAAUGAUAAAUGGUCUUUGAUGACUUAAAAGGAUAUGUUUUUCGUCGCGUUGUUUGUUGGGUAUGUUGUAAGAAUAGGACAUCUACUUUCAUGGAUGUUAGAAAAUUACUGACCAUGGCAAUGUGUUCGUUCAAAUACAUGAUUUACUUAAAGUUUUGCCUGUUUAGAAUUCGAACUUUAACUUUAUUUUGUUUGACCUGAGAGUCAAUCGAUGAAGAAAUAUAAUCAAGCAUUUACUGUUCCCAGCCAAGAACAAUAAUGCUUUUACUAUUAACAUUA